GCUCUGACCUCCAGGAAACGGCGUCGGGAAAGGAACUAGCCAGGAGCUCAGGGGCUGUGACUGAGGGGCCCACCCCAGACCGUGUUCCGUCACAGGCCCCGGCUGAGAUUCGCUCCCAGGAAAGGAGCUUACUCCGUGGGAAUAGUCUCGAGAUAAUCUUCGUUGUACUUGUGAACCUUGAAUGACAACAGCAGUGUUCGAGGCCUAGCAGUUUACUUUUACCAAGCAGUUCCAGCUGCCAAGUGCUCGGACCUCCAGAAGUGUCCGAGCUUUCAGUAUUGGGGCAGGUAUGGAUGAGAAAGGGGAACUGAGCAAUGAGGAGGCGCCCAAGGCCAUCAAACCUACCAGCAAAGAAUUCAGGAAGACGUGGGGCUUCCGGAGAACCACCAUCGCCAAGCGGGAGAGCGCCGGGGACGCCGAGGCGGACACCCCGGAGCAGCAGCCCCAGCAGGGCCUGUCCCUGCGGCGCAGCGGGCGGCAGCCCAAGCGCACCGAGCGGGUGGAGGAGUUCCUCACAACGGUCAGGCGGAGAGGGAGGAAGAGCGCGCCCGUCUCCCCCGAGGACUCCGGUGAGCCAGCGUCCUGUCCCGUCACGGACGUGGAGACGGCGUCGGAAGGGAGCGUGGAGAGCACGUCGGAGGGGAAGGACGGGCCCACGGCAGGCUCUGCGGGUGACAAGGAGCGGCCGGCCACCUCUGCCAAGGCUAAAGGGGGUGAGGGCGAGGACGACACCUCUGACAGCGACAGCGAUGGGCUGACUUUGAAGGAACUUCAGAACCGCCUGCGAAGACAGAGGGAGCAGGAGGCGGCCGACGCGACCCCCAGGAGCCUCCAGAGUCGCUUGCGGAGGAAGCGCCGGGAGCAGGGUCCCACGCAGACCGCGGGCGCGGAGGCGGCCGCUGCCACAGAGAGGGCGCUGCCUGAAGAGCAGGAGCCCGAGGCCGAACAGGACGCCGUGUCGCAGGCCGAGAAAGAUGGCGGAGAGAGGGAGCCGGCAGGGAAGGCAGCUCAGGGGAUGGAAGGUGCAAACCCCAGGGACGCGGGCCGGCAGAGGCCCGAGUGUGAGGCCUCCGAACCCAAUGCUCUCUACUGCAUAUGCCGGCAGCCGCACAACAACAGGUUCAUGAUCUGCUGUGACCGGUGCGAGGAGUGGUUUCACGGCGACUGCGUGGGCAUCUCCGAGGCCCGGGGCCGGCUCCUGGAGCGCGACGGCGAGGACUACAUCUGCCCGCACUGCACCAUCCUGCAGGCGCAGGACGACGCGGCGCCCGAGGGCGCGGCGCCGCAGGAGGCCCGGGGCGGGCCGGCCGACGACGGGGCGGACUGCACCAGCAUGGGGACGGUGGAGCAGAAGUGCAGCGAAGACCAGGGCAUCAAGGGCAGAAUCGAGAAGGCUGCAAACCCCAGCAGCAAGAAGAAGCUCAAGAUAUUCCAGCCGGUGGUAGAGGCUCCCGGCGCCUCAAAGUGCACUGGCCCCGGGUGCCCUAACGUGGCGCAGCCAGACUCCGUCUACUGCAGCAGCGACUGCAUCCUGAAGCACGCUGCGGCUACUAUGAAAUCUCUAAGUGCGGGUAAAGAGCAAAAACCAAAACCUAAAGAAAAGACCAAGACAAAGCCAGAAAAGCUCAUUCUCCCGAAAUGUAGCGUUCAGGCAGGCGUUAGAAUCUCUUCCAUCCUCAAGAGACCAGCUCCAGACAAGAAAGAAAACAUAGCGAAGAAGGCAGCGCUGGCCCCUUCGAGGAGCGAGGCGUUCGUGAAGGAAGCGACCUGCGAGGGCACGCCGUCCUGGGCGAGCGACCACAAUUACAAUGCGGUCAAGCCGGAGCAGCCUGCUGCCCCCUGGCCGCCACUGUUGUGUAAAUCCAUGAAGGAGGACAGGCGUGUGGAGGAGAAGACCGCGCUGGUGGCCGCUGGGCCGAGGAAGAUGGCUCCUCCGGGCUCCGCAGCAGGUGGCAAACAGCCUGCGCCCAGAAACCUCCUGCCCAAGAAGUCUCCUCCCUUCGCAAACGCAACGGCGGCCAAAGCGGCCAGCAAGAAGUCGCCAGCGGGCUUCAAGGGCACCAUCCCUAAGAGGCCGUGGCUCUCGGUGGCCCCCCCGGGAGGCACCCCCACUGCCAAGCCGGCCAGGCUGGCACCCGGGGCUGCCGCAUCCACUUCUAAAAAGUUACCCGGCUCUGCCGCGUUGGUCGGGGCCCUCAGGAAGCCGGCCGCCACCUCCGUGCCUGUGGCUUCUCCAGCCCCGGGACGCCUGGGGACCUCGAGCCCCGCCCUCUCCCAGCCAAAUUCACAAAUCCGGCAGAACAUAAGGCGCUCCCUGAAGGAGAUUUUGUGGAAGAGAGUCAACGACAGCGACGACCUGAUCAUGACAGAAAACGAGGUCGGGAAGAUCGCCCUCCACAUUGAGAAAGAGAUGUUUAAUUUGUUCCAAGUCACAGACAACCGCUACAAGAGUAAAUACCGCAGCAUCAUGUUCAACCUCAAGGACCCCAAAAAUCAGGGCCUCUUCCACCGCGUUCUGCGGGAGGAGAUCCCGUUGGCAAAGCUGGUGAGGAUGAAGCCAGAAGAGCUGGUGUCUAAAGAGCUGUCCACGUGGCGGGAGCGGCCGGCAAGAGCCGUGAUGGAGUCCAGAAGCAAGCUGCACAGUGAAAGUAGACAGGCCACCGUGAAGCAGGAAACCGCGCCCGACAUGGAGGACUCCCCACCUGUGUCCGAUUCCGACGAGCAGCAGGAGUCGGUGCGGGCCGUCCCGGAGCAGAGCGCCGCGCCCCUGCUGGACGUCUUCAGCAGCAUGUUGAAAGACACCACGAGUCAGCACCGGGCGCACCUGUUCGACCUGAACUGUAAGAUCUGCACAGGUCAGGUUCCGUCGUCAGAAGAUGAACCAGCUCCAAAAAAGCAAAAGCUGUCGGCUUCUAAGAAGGAGGAGUCCAGACCCAAGCAGGACGGCACCCCCUCUGAGCCAGUUCUCAGCUCGGCGGAUGACGUGGGGCCGGCAGCCCUGCCUGAGCGCGCCGCCGAGCCAGAGCUGGACGGCGCGGCUUCCCGUGCGCUCUCGGAGAGCAAGUAUCUCCCUGUGCCUCCAGGAGACGGCCACCCAGAACCUUCCACUGUGGAAGGCCCCUCCUGUGCAGGCACCUGUGGGGGCCCAGUGCUCACCACAGUCACGGUGUCUGGCCGAGAUCCCAGGACCGCCCCGGGCGGGUCGUGCACAGUCACGGCCCCCGCAGCAGCCCACCCAGACGGCGCCCACGCAGGGGAAUCCCGACAGGACAUCCUGAAGCCUGCCGUGACCUCGGUGGCGGUGCCCAAGUCCAUCCUCGCGAAGCCGUCCUCCUCCCCUGAGCCCAGAUACCUCCUGCCGGUGCCUCCGUCACCUCGCGUCAGCCUCUCCGAGUCAAGGUCCCCCCCAGAAGGAGACACAGCCCUCUUUCUGUCUCGACUCAGCACCAUCUGGAAAGGAUUUAUUAACAUGCAGAGUGUAGCGAAAUUUGUCACUAAGGCAUAUCCCGUCUCGGGGUGCUGUGACUAUCUCAGUGAGGACCUGCCGGACACGAUUCACAUCGGCGGAAGGAUCGCGCCCCGCACGGUCUGGGACUAUGUCGGCAAGCUCAAGUCUUCGGUGUCUAAGGAGCUGUGUCUCAUCCGCUUCCACGCCGCCACCGAGGAGGAGGAGGUGGCCUAUGUGUCUCUCUACUCCUAUUUCAGCAGCCGCGGCCGCUUCGGGGUCGUGGCCAACAACAGCAGGCACGUCAAGGACCUCUACCUGAUCCCGCUGAGCGCCAAGGACCCCGUUCCGUCCAAACUCUUGCCCUUUGAGGGACCAGGGCGGCGGGCAAGUCAGCAUCUGUGCUGCUAACGACGGACGAAGGGAGGAAUUUGUCAAAACCAGAGCGGCAGCCCGUGUGGUCACCAGCUCCGCACCCUCUCCGCCACCCUGUCCCAGGGAGCACUCGGCAGCGGGCAGGCCUGCACAGGGCCCUGGCUGGGCGACGGGCGUUCUGGAGGGGAGCCGGCCUUCUCCUGCCUCCCAGAUGUGGGCACCCGUUUGAUCUCGCCCACUGCCGCCUUGCCGGCCACCUCCCCGUGGCAGCAUGGAGCACGGGUGAUUCUGGGGUGCACACUCACGUCAGUAAAGAUCGAUUCCGAGG